ACCCCCAGCCUGGGCUGUGCCCGAUACCUGCACACCAGGUACCACCAGCUCUGGGUGGGCACAGCUCUGGUGCCUCGCCACACACUGCAGUGCCAGAGGACGCCGUGUGGACCCUCCCCACCACUCCUGCCCGGGGGUCCCACAACCCCCCCUGCUCUGCAGCACAGCUCCCUGUGCUUUCACCCCCAGAACCCCCAGCUCUGGGCUCAGUGUCCCCUCACCGUCCCCCACAGAUCGCAGAGGUCCCCAAGCCUGAGUUCAUGGCACGGACGUUGGAGGAGCUGCAGAUCGGCACCUACAGCAACAUCGCCGUGGUUGGCACCAGCACCCCCAUCUACGUGGCCCUGGGCAUCUUCGUGCAGCACCGCGUGUCCGCGCUGCCCGUGGUCGAUGACUCGGGGCGGGUGGUGGACAUCUAUUCCAAAUUCGACGUUAUUAACCUGGCAGCUGAGAAGACCUACAACAACCUGGAUGUGACGGUGACGCGGGCGCUACAGCACCGCUCCCACUACUUCGAGGGUGUCCUCAAGUGUUACAAGCACGAGACGCUGGAAACCAUCAUCAACCGCCUGGUCGAGGCUGAGGUCCACCGGCUGGUGGUGGUGGAUGAGAGCGAUGUGGUUAAAGGGAUCAUCUCCCUCUCGGACAUCCUGCAAGCCCUGGUCCUCCCGCAGGGCCCCUGAGGCAGUGAGGGGGGGGUCGGUCCUCCCAAGCCCCCCACUCUCUUCUCCUGCAACACUGUGCCCCCCUGGGCUGGUGGGGACACCCGGGGAAUGCCCCCACUCACCAGCAGCCUCCAGCAAUAACCCCCAGCCCUGGGGCAGUCCCUGCUGCCCUUCCCUGCGUGGGGGGAGCCUACAGCCCCCCCAUGCCAUGUCCUGCGCCCCAAAGCCGUGUGGGGUGAUGGGGGCAGCCCUCGACCCCCCUGGGGUGCCGGGCCAGGGUCACCCAUAUCCAUGCCAGGGCUGUUCGGGUGUGGACUCUCGUCCCUGUCACCCUGCACCCUCUCCCUGGGUUUGGUGAAACCCACUCAGCUCCACCCGGCCCGGGGACCCCCCCACGCCCCCGGGGACCCCCCCAAGCUCCCUGGCUGUGCCCACACCCGCCACCGCUUCGUGAGUGAAGAGAAACCACAAAUAAACACAGACCUGGCACCA